UUUGCAUGCUUUCUUGGUUGGAUUGCAAUAGAGAAGAAGAAAAUGAGGCGAAGAUUGAAAAUGUGCAGAAAACAGGUUUUAUCAAAGGACCAAUGUUCAAAGGUGUUGUUGCUUCAAGCCGUUUUUUGCCCAAAGGCACCAAGACAAAAGUUAAUUUGGAGGAACAGGGGCGACAGAAGGUGUCAUUCAGCUUCAGCCUUACGAAGAAAACUUUGCCGAACAGGUUUCUGACUGCACUUGGCAAUGAGAAGCCACAGGAUACUCCAAACUCCCCACCUGCGCCUCUUCAAGUAGACCUGAACCCUAAAACUAAGAUGGACACCGGAGACACCUUAACUACAGAAGAAUCUUCCCCACCAAAAUCGAGGGUUGAGUUGGGCAAAAUUCAUUUUAAGAAACACCUGCUUCAUGUAACAUCUAGACCUCUGCUGAGUACUACCACCGCCAUAGUGGCAUCUCCACCUCCCGUUUUACCACUACCAGCAGCCAUGCCAGAAUCAACAACUGUAGAUUCGCCACCCUCGUCUCCACCUCCACCACCUCCACCUCCCCAGGCCACAACACCGUCACCACCAGCACCAGUUACAGAGCCAGUAGCCCUGCCACAUGUACCAGUAACAGUUCUGAUGACACCACCAUUAGAUGUAGCAGUUAGAACCCUAAAAGAACCGUCAGUUACAACUGUACCGGAAUCUUCAGAAGUGGAAACUAAGCAGGACAUUCUAUCCAAUAGUUUAGAAGAACACAUAACUCAAAAUUUGAAUGAGCAACCAGAUAGUCCCUCACAAAAGGAAGAUUCCCAUAUUGGGAAGGAAGAAGAAAUUCCAGAUUGUUCUAAGAAUAGUCUGGGCUGUAAAAAAACCGGUUCUAAGAAGAAAUGCUCAAAAUCCGAAGGCACCUUUGUUGGUUCAGAGUCUGAUGAAGAUUCUGUACGGACUUCCUCUAGUCAAAGAUCACAUGAUUUAAAAUUUUCAGCAAGCAUUGAAAAGGAAAGAGAUUCCAAAAGGAGCCUAGCACCUUUUAAAAGUGAAGACUUAGGGAAAUCUUCACGAUCUAAAACAGAGAGAGAUGAUAAAUACUUUAACUACUCAAAACUUGAAAGAGAUACUCGGUAUGUAUCUUCUCGAUGUAGAUCUGAGAGAGAACGAAAGCGGAGCAGAUCUCGCUCUAGAUCUGACAGAGGUUCUAGAACUAACUUAUCCUAUUCCCGAUCAGAACGAUCCCAUUAUUAUGACUCUGAUCGUCGCUACCACAGGAGUUCCCCUUAUCGAGAGAGGGCGCGUUAUUCUCGGCCUUAUUCUGAAAACAGAGCACGCGACAGUUCUGACUCAGAAGAUGAGUAUAAGAAGACAUACUCAAGGCGCACCUCAUUUCAUUCCUCUCACAGAGAUGUAAGGACAUCCUCAUCUCACUCUAAAUCAGACCGGGACUGCAAAACUGAACUCUCCUAUUUAGAGACAGAGAAAAGAGGAAAAUAUUCUUCAAAAUUAGAGAGAGAAUCUAAAAGGACUUCAGAAAAUGAUGUGACGAAAAGGUGUUGUUCUCCUUCUAGUGAGCUGGGGUUCCGACGGGGGUCAACAUAUUCUAAGCACGAUAAUAAUAGUGCUUCCCGUUAUAAAUCUGCCUCUUUAAAGUCUGUGUCCAAGUCUGAUAAAUUUAAAAAUUCUUUCUGUUGUACAGAAUUAAACGAGGAACUAAAACAGUCUCAUUCUUCCAGUUUACAGACUCCUUGUUCAAAAGGUAGUGAAGUAAGAAUGAUUAGCAAAAUUCCUGAAAGAGAAAAGACUGGGUCUCCGUCAGCAUCAAGUCAGAUGAAUGAUUCACCUACUUUCAAAAAGCUAGAUGAAUUACCUAUUUUUAAGUCUGAAUUUAUAGGACACGAUAGCCAUGAUAGUAUUAAGGAAUUAGACUCCUUAUCUAAGGUGAAGAGUGAUCAAUUAAGAAGUUAUUGUCCCAUAGAAUUAAAUGUAAAUGGAUCUCCUGGAGCAGAAUCUGAUUUGACAACACUCGGCACUUCUAAAGCUGAUACAGUUGUAAUGUCUUCAGAUGAUAGUGUGACUGGAUCAGAGGUAUCUACCCCUUUGGUCAGAGCACGUAUGCUUUCAUCAAAUGGAUUGCAGAAUAUUAGUAGAUGUCAAGAAAAAGACUUGGAUGACACCUGCACUCAGUAUAGUAAGUCAGAAAGCCCAUUUAAAGAAAGAGACCUGCCAGCUUCACCAUACCAAGAGAAUUUCAUGCCUCUGCCAGUAAUGACUACAGACUGCUCCAAAACAGUAGUUCAAGAACCACUUGAUGGAAGAGUCUCGUUCAGUCAAGCCAAAGAUUCAGAUAUGUACAUUGCUUCAAAUGACAGCAACCCAAAUUUGUGUCAUUCCGAAUCUGAAAAUAUUGAGCCUUCAGUUGCAACAGUUUCUUCAAAUAGCUUUAUGAAUGUUCAUUUGAAAUCAGAAACCAUUGUAUGUGAUAGCAGAAAUCUGACAGAUAAGCAUUCAGAGUUCCUGUGUGAAGAAUAUAAGCGGAGCACUGGUAGCACUGAUUCAUCUUCUGUCAGUCACCUGGAUGAUUUAUAUCAGCCUAUAGGGAGUUCACGUGUUGCUUCACCUCUUCCGAGUCUCGCACCACGGGUAAAAGUAGACAGUCUAGCUGUCUUGCAGUGUGGAGAGGACACUUCUCCAAUUUUGGAUCCUGUGCUCAAGAAUAAAAGCUCAGAGUCUGUAAAGCUUGCAGAUCAAGAAGCAGCAGUGGAAGUAGCGUGUGAUCUUCCUGAUUCCGCAAGGGGAUUUGCUUCCUGGGAAAACAGGCAUAAUAAUGGCUUAGCUGGAAAGUGUGUGCAGGAAAAUCAAGAAGGAGGAAAUUCCCUGCUGUCUGAUAGAAGAGGGAAACCAGAACUCUCCUUAGAUGAAGGAAGAAGAGGACACGCACGUACUUCUGAUGACUCAGAAAUUGUGUUUUCUUCUUGUGAUUUGAAUUUAAACGUAGAAGACAGUGACAGUGUGACUUACACCUUAAAAUGUGACAGUAGUGGCCAUGCUUCAGAGAUCGUGUCUACUGUUCCUGAAGAUUACUCUGGGUCUUCUGAAAGCUCAGGUGAUGACACUGACUCAGAAGAUACAGAUUCUGAUGAUAGCAGUAUUCCGAGAAACCGGCUUCAGUCUGUUGUGGUCGUGCCAAAGAAUUCUACUUUGCCCAUGGAAGAAACAAGCCCUUGUUCUUCUCAGAGCAGUCAAAGUUACAGACACUAUUCUGACCACUGGGAAGAUGAGAGAUUGGAGUCAAGGAGACAUUCGUAUGACGAGAAAAUUGAGAGUCUAGCCAGUAAGUCAUGUCCUCAAGCUGACAAGUUCUUCUUUCAUAAAGGGAUAGAAAAGAACCCAGAAGUCUCCUUUACACAGUCCACCAGAAAACAAAUAGACAGCCACCUGUCUGAGGUCGCUCUUCCUCAGAGCGACGGAGUUGAUAGUACAAGCCACACAGAUGGAGGCUCUGAUCCUCGAAGCCACCCAAAUUCAGAAGAGAGAGCGAAAGCCAAAAUAACUUCAAGGCAACAAGAAGAGCUGCCGGUGUAUUCUCCUGAUGAUUUUGAAGACAUCCCCAAUAAGUCUCGACAGCAGAGCACUUUCUCAAACCACCCAGAUAGUAGACCGCGUAAAACACAAUCAAGUUUUGCUUGUGAGAUCUCCCGAGUUGAUAGCUUCCGUGCACCAGAAGAGCUCCGAAACCUUGGGUGGAAAUUCUCUCAGCAAGAAAAGCCUACCACCACAUACCAACAGCCUGACAGCAGCUACGGAGUCUGUGCAGGACACAAGUAUCAGCACAGUGCAGAGCAGUUUGGGGGGGCACAUAGUUACUGGCAAGGCAAUGGCUACUGGGAUCCAAGGUCAGCAGGCAGACUGGGGACAGAGGUUGCAUACGACCGGAUUCAAGGCCAGGUGCCAGAUUCCUUAACAGAUGACCGCGAAGAGGAGGAGGGUUGGGAUCAACGUGGAGGGCCUCAGUUUUCAAGCCAAUCAAGUAAAUUUUUUCUGUCCCUUCAGAAGGACACGGGAUCGGUACAAGCACCUGAAAUUAGCAGCAACUCCAUUAGGGACACAGCAGCAAGUGAAAAGAAAGAGUUUUCAAAAACCUUAGAAAAAAAUGAUAUGAAAGAUAGAGGUCCUCCUAAGAAAAGGAGGCAGGAAUUGGAGAGUGAUUCUGAAAGUGAUGGCGAACUUCAGGCCAGAAAGAAAGUGAGAGCGGAAGAGGAAGAGGGGCAGGCGGAGAUGGCAGCGCCCCCGGGCUCAGCGCUGGCGGGGCCGUCCUGUGUCAUGGAGGACUUCAGGGACUCACAGCGAUGGAAGGAAUGUGCCAAGCAAGGGAAGAUGCCUUGUUACUUCGAUCUGAUUGAAGAAAACGUUUAUUUAACAGAAAGAAAGAAGAACAAAUCCCAUCGCGAUAUCAAGCGAAUGCAGUGUGAGUGUGCGCCUCUUUCUAAGGAUGAAAGAGCUCAGGGGGAAGUGGCAUGCGGGGAAGAUUGUCUUAAUCGCCUUCUCAUGAUCGAAUGCUCUUCUCGGUGUCCAAAUGGGGAUUAUUGUUCCAAUAGACGGUUCCAGAGAAAGCAGCACGCAGCUGUGGAGGUCAUACUCACAGAAAAGAAAGGCUGGGGCUUGCGAGCUGCGAGAGACCUCCCUUCAAACACCUUUGUCCUGGAAUACUGUGGAGAGGUACUUGAUCAUAAAGAGUUCAAAGCUCGGGUAAAAGAAUAUGCACGAAACAAAAACAUCCACUACUAUUUCAUGGCUCUGAAGAACGAUGAGAUAAUAGAUGCCACCCAGAAAGGAAAUUGCUCUCGGUUCAUGAAUCACAGCUGUGAACCAAACUGUGAGACUCAAAAAUGGACUGUGAAUGGACAGCUGAGGGUCGGAUUUUUUACCACCAAACUGGUUCCUUCAGGCUCAGAGUUAACAUUUGAUUAUCAGUUCCAAAGAUACGGCAAAGAAGCUCAGAAAUGUUUCUGUGGGUCAGCUAACUGCCGGGGUUACCUGGGAGGAGAGAAUAGAGUCAGCAUCAGAGCCGCAGGAGGGAAAAUGAAGAAAGAGCGAUCUCGCAAGAAGGAUUCGGUGGAUGGAGAACUGGAAGCUCUGAUGGAGAACGGUGAGGGUCUCUCUGACAAAAAUCAGGUGCUCAGCUUAUCUCGACUAAUGGUUAGAAUUGAAACUUUGGAGCAGAAACUUACCUGUCUUGAACUUAUACAGAACACCCACUCCCAGUCUUGCCUGAAGUCCUUUCUGGAGCGCCACGGACUGUCUUUACUGUGGAUCUGGAUGGCAGAGCUGGGCGAUGGCAGGGACAGCAACCAGAAGCUUCAGGAAGAGAUCAUAAAGACUUUGGAACACUUACCCAUUCCUACGAAAAAUAUGUUGGAGGAGAGCAAAGUACUUCCAGUUAUUCAGCGCUGGUCUCAGGCCAAGACUGCCGCCCCUCAGCUGAGUGAAGGCGACGGCUAUUCUAGUGAGAAUACAUCGCGUGCUCACACUCCACUCAACACGCCUGACCCUUCCAAGCUGAGCACAGAAGUGGACACAGACACCCCCAAGAAGCUCAUGUUUCGCAGACUUAAGAUCAUCAGUGAAAACAGCAUGGAUAGCGCAGUGUCGGACGCCGCCAGUGAGCUUGAAGGCAAGGACGGCAGAGAGGAUCUUGACCAGUUAGAAAGCGCCCCUGUGGAAGAAGAGGAAGAGCUGCGGCCACGGCAGCUACUCACUCCACAGCUGCCCGAAUCUAAAGUUGACAGUGAAAUCACUUUGGAAGCCAGUAAGCUGCCCGCAUCGGAGCCAGAGGCUGACGCUGAAAUGGAGCCCAAAGAGAUCCAGGCAAAGCUGGAAGAAACUAUUGCCGAGGAGACGCCAUCGCAAGAUGAAGAGGAGGGCGUAUCUGACGUGGAGAGCGAGAGAAGCCAGGAGCAGCCAGAUAAAACUGUAGAUAUAAGUGAUCUGGCCACCAAGCUCCUGGACAGUUGGAAAGACUUAAAGGAGGUCUACCGAAUUCCAAAGAAAAGUCAAGCUGAAAAGGAGAAUACAAUAAAUGAACGAGGAAGGGAUGCUGGCUUCCGAGAUCAAACAGCUGCUCCAAAGACUCCUAACAGGUCAAGAGAGAGAGAUCCAGACAAACAAAGUCAAAACAAAGAGAAGAGAAAGCGGAGGGGCUCGCUGUCCCCACCCUCUUCUGCCUAUGAGCGGAGUGCAAAGAGGCCAGAUGACAGAUAUGAUACACCGACCUCUAAAAAGAAAGUACGAAUCAAGGACCGCAACAAGCUUUCCACAGAGGAGCGCCGGAAGUUGUUUGAGCAAGAGGUGGCUCAGCGAGAGGCUCAGAAACAGCAGCAGAUGCAGAACCUCGGGAUGGCGUCCCCACUGCCUUAUGACUCCCUUGGCUACCCCGCCUCUCAUCACCCCUUUGUCGGCUACCCACCAGGAUACCCCAUGCAAGCCUACGUGGACCCCAGCAAUCCGAAUGCGGGCAAGGUGCUCCUGCCCACGCCCAGCCUGGACCCUGUGUGUUCUCCUGCUCCGUACGAGCACGCGCAGCCCUUGGUGGGACAUUCCACAGAAGCCCUCGCCGCCGCCCCCACGGUGCCACUGGUGUCACAUGUAGCAGCCUCCGUGGAAGUGUCCAGCUCGCAGUACGUGGCGCAGAGUGACGCCUCGGUGCACCAAGAAUCCAGUGUGGCGGUCUUGCCGGUCCAGACCCCGGGCCCGGUCCAGGGACAGAACUACGGAGUCUGGGACAACGGCCAGCAGCCUGUUAGUGUACAGCAGCCGUACUCUCCUGCGCAGUCGCAGACCAUAUAUUACCAAGGACAGACGUGUCCGGCUGUCUAUGGUGUGACUUCACCCUAUUCGCAGACAGCUGCACCAGUUGUACAGAGUUAUGCCCAGCCAAGCCUUCAGUACAUCCAGGGCCAGCAGAUCUUCACGGCUCACCCACAAGGGGUGGUGGUCCAGCCAGCCACAGCGGGGACCGCAGUCGUCGCACCAGGGCAGCCUCAGCCCUUACAGCCACCUGACAUGGUUGUGACAAAUAGCCUGCUGGAUUUGCCCCCUCCGUCUCCUCCCAAACCAAAAACCAUUGUCUUACCUCCCAACUGGAAGACAGCUCGAGACCCAGAAGGGAAGAUCUAUUAUUACCAUGUGGUCACGAGGCAGACUCAGUGGGAUCCUCCCACGUGGGAAAGCCCUGGAGAUGAUGCCAGCCUUGAGCAUGAAGCAGAGAUGGACCUGGGAACACCAACAUACGACGAGAACCCCAUGAAGACUUCAAAAAAGCCUAAGACGGCUGAAGCAGACACCUCCAGUGAGCUGGCUAAGAAAAGCAAAGAAGUAUUCAGAAAAGAGAUGUCUCAGUUCAUUGUCCAGUGCCUGAACCCUUACCGCAAACCUGACUGCAAAGUGGGGAGGAUCACGACAACCGAAGACUUCAAACACCUCGCGCGCAAGCUGACGCACGGUGUCAUGAACAAGGAGCUGAAGUACUGCAAGAACCCCGAGGACCUGGAGUGCAACGAGAACGUCAAGCACAAGACCAAGGAGUACAUCAAGAAGUACAUGCAGAAGUUCGGGGCCGUUUACAAGCCCAAAGAGGACACCGAGCUAGAGUGACCGCGGGGCCAGGGUGGAAGGACAGGUGAGCAGGUGGGAGAGAGGCUCGGUGACAAGUGCUGGGAGCCGCCCCUCUCGUCAGGGCUGUGCUACUGACGACGACACACCACCCUGAGAAUCGGAAGCUACAAAAAGGAGCUCCGUCUACAAAGCGAUCCUUGUGGCGAGAUGCUGGGGUGUGGUGAGAGGCUACUGGAGGCCACGGCUUCAGGGAGAUCUUUUCUCCGAACCCUGCCGAGGCCCGACCCUGCUCUCAGACCUGGGUCUCCCCUUUGGCGGUGCUGUGAGCGCACAGACCCAUGCGCGUCCCCACGUAUGACCCCUCCCCGUGAUGAUCUGUAUUAUAUUUUAAUGUAUAUGUGAAUAUAUUGAAAAUAAUUUGUUUUUCCUGGUUUUUGUUUGUUUGUUGUUUUGCUUUUAGCCUCUACCGUGCUAGGAUCACAGGAAGACUUUGUAAGGAUGGUUUAAGUUCUCCUGCAAGGUUUAAUUUCUUAUCAUGUAAAUAUUCCAGAGCAGGCUGACUUGUGGUUUUGGCCAGCCUUGUGCUAUGUUGAUAAGAUUGAUUUACUGCUUAAAAUCACUUUACUUUAUCCAAUUUUUACUGAACUUUUUAUGUAAAAAAUAAAAUCAAUUAAAGAACCUGG